UUUUGGUCUAAGUUGGGAGUCCACUGAUGAGCGCGCCAGCCCCAUCCAAGAGCCGAGGCGGGAUUCGAAGGCGGCAAUCGCUUCCGGUGAAGGCGUUAUUCAGAAAGAACCCCGGCGGCGGCGCUAUGGCAAACCGGAGCUUCCGCCAUGUCUGAAUCUUCUCCGUUAGAAUGCACAAUUUCAAGCUACUCCCACACUUUCUCCUACUAUCAUCGAAGAACAUCGAUUGCAACAGUUCCAGCCUUCAUAAACUUCUUCUACCGUCUCUUUCCUCUGCCGCUUCCCGUGCUAGGCGAGGAUUCUAUCAGUACGCUCCAGGGCCAUUAUCAGGGGAUGAGUACGAGUGCUAUAAUGAAAACAAUAAGUUUGAGCUUCAGAACCGAGGCCCUGACAUUCACAAGGAAGGCAAGUGCCUUGUGCUUCCUGUUCAAGAUGCCAUGUCAGAUGACAAAUUCGAAGAGAGAGUUGUUAUUGGUGAUGAAAAAAAGAGCAAAUUCACAAACGUUGGCAGCUCCCCGGAGAGCUCACAACAUACCUUCCUAAUGACGGCAGGGCAUUGCUAUGUGGACCAAGCGAGAAUUGUCGCUAACCUAUUGAUGAACUGUACUAAUUUAUUAGAAUUGUACCAAAUUCAUGCCCAUGUUUUAAGAACCAACAUGUUGGAAAACCACCCUUCUUCAUUUUACUGGAACAUCAUUGUUAGAUCAUACACUAGGCUUGAGGUCCCAAGAAAAGCCCUCUUUGUAUACAUCGCCAUGUUGCGAGCAGGCAUUUUGCCUGAUUCUUACACACUUCCAAUUGUAUUUAAGGCUUUAUCUCUAGCUUAUGCUUUUGAUUUAGGAUUACAAUUACAUUCAGUUGCUAUACGGCUUGGUCUUGAGUUCGACCAAUAUAGCGAAAGUGGCCUCAUCAGUCUGUACUCAAAGGUAGGAGAUCUUGAGUGUGCAUGUAAGGUCUUCGAGCAAAACCAAAACAGGAAGUUGGGUUCUUGGAAUGCCAUUAUAGCUGGUUUAUCUCAAGGUGGGCAUGCUAAAGAGGCAGUCAAUAUGUUCAUUAAGUUAAGACAAAGUGGGCUCGAACCAGAUGAUUUUACAAUUGUUAGCGUAACAUCAGCUUGUGGUAGUCUGGGCAACCUAGAACUGUCUCUCCAAAUGCACAAAUUUGUGUUUCAAGUGAAAGUCGUGGGGAAAUCAAACAUUUUGAUGUUAAAUUCCCUCAUCGACAUGUAUGGAAAAUGUGGUAGGAUGGACUUAGCAAUGAAAGUAUUUUCAAACAUGGAUCAUAGAGAUGUAUCAUCCUGGACAUCGCUGAUUGUAGGUUAUGCAAUGCAUGGACAAGUGAAACAAGCGCUCGAGAACUUCCGAUUCAUGAGAGAAGCAGGAGUUCCUCCUAAUCAAGUUACAUUUGUCGGGGUACUAAGCGCUUGUGUACACGGUGGGAUAAUCAACGAGGGAAAAUAUUACUUCGAUAUGAUGAAAAAUGUUUACGGUUUCAAGCCACAACUGCCACAUUAUGGAUGCAUGGUUGAUUUGCUCGGUAAAGCAGGGUUGCUUGAAGAGGCGAGAAGGAUGAUUGAAGAGAUGCCGAUGAAGGCGAAUUCGGUAAUAUGGGGAUGUUUGAUUGGAGGUUGUGAGAAACAUGGGAAUGUGGAGAUUGGGGAAUGGGCAGCUAAACAUUUGCAAGAAUUGGAGCCUUGGAAUGAUGGUGUUUAUGUGGUUUUGUCCAAUAUUUAUGCUACAAAUGGCAUGUGGAAAGAGGCUCAAAAGAUGAGAGAUGUUAUGAAACAAAGGCAACUUGCUAAAGUUCCUGGAUAUAGCUUGGCUACAACAUUAGAUUGAACUCUUUUCUUACGUCUUUUUUGUGUUUCUCAUAAUCAUUUUCUCUAAAUUAAUUUACAAUAUUCUUUUUAAUCUCAAGUUUUUCACAAUCUCUCUAUAUGUAAUCUCUAUAUGUAAUUUGGUCUGAACUUCCAAAAUAAUUACAAAUUAGUGAUACAGGAUUUGAUCGAUCAAUCCAUUUUUAAA